UGAAACUUGUUUUCAAUGCUCUAUUGUUCUCUUACCUUGAGUUUGACAGAUGGUAUAACAUUUUUUUUAAACUGUAGCUGUUUGUUUCUGAAAAUAAGUAUUUUAGGAUUCUGAGAAAAUCAAGCAGAUCAUAAUGUUGCAGGGUCCAGAGAGCUUUGAUGAUGUUGCUGUCACAUUUUCAGAAGAGGAAUGGAUGAUUCUAAGCCCUCAGCAGAAAGAACUACACAGGAAAGUGAUGGUGCAGAAUUACGAAACAAUGAUCUCACUGGGGUACCAUGUUCCACUGGCACAUCUGCUGUCACUGAUACAGAGGGAGGAGGAAGAGGAAGUCAUUCCUGAAGAUGUAAACCAGGAGGAAGAAACUGAACAUUUACAACUCAGUCACAAUACUCUUAGCUUUCUUCCUCACACUGAGUAUGAGCCAACUCCAGAUCUGUAUCUGCCUAGCCUGCAGCAGACUAUCACAGAAGAGAGCAGUUAUGAUCAUUCCAUCUUUGAGAAUAACUUUCCAGAUCCAUUUUCCUUAACCAACCAACAAUGUACAGAGCAGCAGUGGCUUCAAAAAUGGAAGAAAGACAUGAAGUCACAAACAGCCCCUAAGACUUUUUGGUCUGUUAGUAGUAGGAAGACUACCAUGCAGUGGAGUCAUUUUUCAUUUCAGAGGCAGAUGAUCCAUAUGAAACACAGUCCAUUUAAAUGCACAGAUUGUGGUAAGAGUUUUAUGUGGAAACACCAGCUCUUAAACCAUCAAAAUAUGCACACAGGAGUGGAAUCAUUUAAAUGUAUGGACUCUGAAUAUGUUUUCAAACAAAAGGAAGUUCAUCAGAGGUUUCACACAGGAGGAAACCGAAAGCACUUGGAGAAAUUAAAUAGGGAAAAAUCUUUUCAUUGUACAAAUUUUGGAAAGGACUUCAGUGUAAAAGACAAGUCUUUAUAUCAUCAAAGAAUGCACAUGCAGGAGAGACACUUUCAGUGUACUGAAUGUGGAAAGAGUUUCACAACCAGACACCGACUAGCCAGUCACCAAUUGAUUCAUUCUGUAGUAAAACCGUAUCAGUGCACAGUGUGUGGAAAGCAUUUUAGAAUUAUGUCAUACCUGACUAGGCAUAUGACAAUUCACUCUGGGGAAAAGCCAUUUAAAUGCAUGACAUGUGGAAAAGUUUUAGGUGGCACAGCCAACUCUCAAACCAUGAGAUGUCUCACACAGGGAAUAUACUUUUUAAGUGCACUGAAUGUGAAAAGAGCUUUAGACUGGAAAACAAACUCUUAGAUCACCUGAGA